AUGGCCGUCUCCAAAUUUAGUGAUGCAGUUACAAAACUAAAUACACCAUUUGAUGUGUUUAAAUUGGACUGUAGAGAAAUGAUAUCAAAUGCCCAAGCAUUUAAAUUACGUGAGGCGUUACUGACAAUGACGUUUAAAAAAAAAUCGUGUGAUCUAUAUUCAUUUUCUCAAUCACCGGAUUUCAUGCGUUCGACAAAACUGAAGAAACCUAAGGAAGUUGAACAGUUUUUAAUUUUGCUAAAAAUAAUAAAAAACAAAAUAGCUAAAUACUUAAAAAAAAACUUUAAUAAUACGAUUAGUGUAUCUUGUUCUAGAUAUGAUCGCGGAGAUUACUUACUUUGUCAUGAUGAUCGUGUCGACGAUAGGUCUGUAGCAUUCAUAUAUUAUUUGAAUUAUGAUUGGCUUCCUGGAUGGGGUGGCACAUUAGAUGUUUAUUCGGUUGACAACACAAAUUCUGCCACAGAAAUUGCAGAAAAAAUUAAGCCAGAUUUCAACUCUAUGAUUUUUUUCCCUGUUGAAAGUUAUACUUAUCACCAGGUGGCUGAAAAUACAUCUACCUUUCCUCGUAUUUCCAUUAACGGUUGGUUCCACAGUGAUGAACUAUCUUGGGAAAUGUGUGACCUGCCAGUCAAGGUUCACUCUCCAAUUUUUACACCGCAUUCAGUUUCUAAUGAAAGGUGUAAUAACAUCUCCAUUAUGUGCAUAGAAGACAUAUUUGAAAAAUCAUUGUUUCGAGAAGCUAUUAAAGAAACAUUUAAGAAAGAUGGGUUCAUAAUGUGCGAGGGAUUUUUCAAAACUCAAAUGGUAGAUUAUUUAUCUAAUGAUGUAUUUUCUAAUGACCUGAAUUGGAAAAUCAAAGGACCUUUAAACAAAAGGCAAUACAAAUAUUUAGAUUUACAAGAUUUGCCAGAAUCAAUUUUGUCUGUUGUUAAUUUGUUAAAGACUGAACGCAUGUUUACAUUUUUCCAAGACUGCACAGGUCUGAGAUUUAUUGCUGUUAAUAUUGAAGUGCAAAGAUGGCAUGGUGGACACUAUAUGGUAUCGGGCGGAAACGAUGGUCUAGACGGUUAUAAUAUAUUGAGUGUCUAUUUAUUUUUUAGUCAGUGUUUUGGCGAAAUGUCUGAUAAAGAAAAAGAUGAUCUACAUUAUGUAUUUGAAGUAAAAAAUACAUUAACACCAAAAUUUGCAUGUAAGCCUCAGCACAAUACUAUUUUUAUGGUAAAUCGAGAUCCCAAUAUGGAUUCAUAUGUUACAUAUUGUAAAAUAGUUGAUGGUCAUGCUUGGACUGUAGUUGUUGCUAAUUAUGUGAUUCGUAGAGAUUUUGAGUGUACACUGAGACUAUCAAGGUGUGACCAAUAG